AUGCGGGUAUCUAGUCAGCGUCUUCUCACUCGUUCAUCGCCUCUGUCUACAUCCCAGCUUGCUCCAACUGUACUACUCGACGAUGGGGCCGAGUUUGAUUCUGCAGCUUUUGACUAUCCUUCUAUGUCCAUGGAAGAUGAAACUUUACCCCCAAAGCGCAAGCGCACAGCUGGUGAUAAUCCUCUGCUCAUUUGGUUAGGCGAACAUGAUACAUAUCUUUUGGAGAUCAUUCGAUUAGACGGACGUGGGGACAAUCGUGGAGAUGUAUGUGCAGGCGGCUGUGGCUCUGAUCCUGGACAGUUCCGAUGUGAGGAUUGUGACGACAUGCAGCUAUACUGUGCUAUGUGCACACUGAGAAAUCAUGUCCGGUCUCCCUCCCAUCGCAUACAGGAGUGGAACAGCAUGUUUUUCCAGGUUACCUCGUUGAAGAAGUUGGGACUUCAUAUCCAGCUCGGGCAUCCCAUUGGUCAACGUUGCAUUCUCCCGCAACAGGCAUUCAAUGACGACUUCGUGCUGAUAGAUACGAAUGGAAUACAUGAAAUUGCAUUGGACUUCUGUGGUUGUGAGACGUCUCAAACGCACGUCAAACAACUGCUUCGCCACAGGUGGUUCCCUGCAACGUCAACAGAUCCAAGGACGGCUGCGACAUUUCGGCUUUUGCACCACUAUCAGAUACUGUCGUUUGAAUCAAAGGCUUCUGCAUAUGAGUUUUAUCACUCGCUCGUGCGUCUCACGGAUAACACAGGGAUGACGAAACGAAAGGAUCGUUAUGAAGCCUUCAUGCGGAUGUGGCACAAAAGGCUCUGGACACGGAUAAAGUCCUUCCCUCAAGCUUACGGUUUGGACCACUUCAUAAAAACUAUUCGCUUCUUCGUGCCAAAGUUUCACCUCCCCGCACACGUUACAAAGUGUCAGACCCUUUUCUCUUUCAAUUUCAUGCGUUUCGUUGGCCGCACAGAUGGCGAGGCCCCAGAGAGAGGGUGGUCAAACAUCAACCCCGUGGCCUCAAGUACGAAGGCAAUGGGGCCUGGCUGCCGUCGUGAUACGCUCGACGACUAUUUUGGAGAUUGGAACUGGAAGAAAACUGUUGGCUUUGGCGCGUCUCUCCUCCUUAAGAUGAAGGAUACCCUUGCCGAGAAGGCUGAACACGAGAUGGCAUUCGAAGAAUUUGACACUGUUGUCACUCCGGACCAUCGCUCCACAUGGUUGGCAGAGAUGGAAGUUUGGGAAGGUAAUCCCAACAACAUGAGUAUCCCUAAUCCGCUGGAGGCUAAAGCUAUGUCCAUUACACAGGCAGGCGCAUGCCUCAAGCUCGCUGAGCUGGAGGCUGAGGAACUUCAUGUUCUCAUUGCCUCUGGCAUAGACCUUGAAGAGGAACAGCGUCGUCUGAGCACUACCGUCGAGUCCUUGGGUCUUCAUGUGACCGAUACGCAAAAGGCCAACAUUGUACGAUUACGGAACUCACUCUAUCGUAAAAUCAAUACAUGGAGAUGCGCCCAAGUCCUAUACCUACCCGUGGUUCAAGAUCUUAUCAAUCAGGCAGCGUGCAACGUUCAAGAGAAUGCCGAGUACAUGAAGCUCUGGCUCCCUUCGCAGCUGAGAGGCAAACCAUGCGACACGUGCCUGCAAAACGACGAGUGGGAAUUGCGCUAUGCUCAGGCAUAUGAUGCCCUCGAAGAAAUUCGUCAGUGCUUGCGGAUACAUUGCUCUCUGCUUAUGUUCAAGAGAGAAUGGAUCUGCGGGCAAGGUUCAAACACGCGAGCACAGAAUGCUCUCGCUCGUGUCCAUGGAAGACGGACUGCAUGCGUAAAGCAAUACAGAUCGGCAUGGGUGGCACUCAAUGUUCUAGCUACGGUUCUGAAGAAGAAGGAUUGGCGGGGUAGGUUACAGGAACUGGUGGACGAUGAUAUCAAACCCCUGGUAGAUCCUUUCGCUACUGGUGAAGGUAGACGUCAAGUCUCAUGGAUCUGGAUGAUGGAGGGCGUCAAUCGCGGUAAUGACGGGGAUACUGAUGGUGUACGUAUCGAGUGGUGCAAGAGUCGUGCAAGAGCACUGCGGUGGGCAGAAGAGGUAGAGUUGCUGAGGGAAGAGAUGCGCAGAGUGCUUCAGUUUCUUGCCUGGCAGGCAGCGUGGUGGGACGGACAGGGAAAUCGGCGCGUUAGAGAGUGUGCUGCGGAAACCGAAGGUUUAAAGGCAUAUGCUGCCCGGCAGGCAAAUCUCCGUCGCAGGCUGGGAGGGCAUUUUUGCAUGCUGUGGGCACCUCAUCUCUCAGCGCAAGCUCUUGAUGAACUUACUACUCUCGCAUCCAUCAACGUGUCACCCGAACUUUCAUUGCCGGACCUCACUAUACCCGACAUCCCCUAG